AUGUCGAUGCUAAGCGGCUUGAAGCGGUUGCUCGACCAAAAGCGCAACCCACCCAAACCGGCCACCGAAUCAUUUGCUGGCCGGACUAUCCUUUUGACAGGAGCAACUGGUGGUCUAGGCCUAGAAGCGGCGAAGAAACUCGUCGGCCUGAAUGUCUCGAGACUUAUCAUCACGGCCAGGAGUGAGGAAAAGGGCCAAGCUGCGAAGAAGCAGAUCGAAGCACGCCUUCGGGCAUCCAAGGGAACAGCCGCCAGCAACUCGACUGAGAUUGUUCCUCUGGUGCUCAACAUGAGCAGUUUUGACAGUAUUCAAACAUUCGUCGAGACGCUCAAGUCCAGAGUUCAAAAACUUGACGGAGCAAUCCUCAACGCGGGAACGUUGCAGGCCUCCUACGUGCAGAGCGCCGACGGCUGGGAAGAAAUGCUCCAGGUCAACGCCCUCAGCACGUUCUUACUCGGCUUGUUGCUGCUGCCGCUUCUCACUGCGUCGGCAGAAGACAAUGACGGCAACAGCCCCACGAAUUACAAACCUCACUUGACAUUCGUCUCUUCCGGUACAGCUUGGACAGUCAGCCCCGCAAAGAUGACGGUCUUCAUGGGAAGCGAAACGCCACUUGAGGACCUAAGCUCCCAGAAGCACUUCCCACCCGGGACGUUUGGUGGACAAACACAGUACGCACGGACGAAGCUUGUUCUCGAAUAUGCAGUGCGCCACCUGGCCGCCUUGCCUUCGCUCAAAGGCCCCGAUGGGCAACCAAGAGUCAUCGUAAACACAGCCUGCCCAGGAAUGUGCAAGAGCGAUCUGGGGCGACAGAUGAUGACCAACCUCAUUGUAAAGCUCCUCAGCUGGAUUCUCUUCACUGUCUUUGCUAGAACAGCGGACCAGGGAGCGAACACGUUCGUUACCGCCUUGACGCAGGGCGUCGAGGCCCACGGAGAAAUGUGGAAGGACGAUCGGGUAUACGAGCCUGGUCCAAUGUGUGCGACCGAGGAAGGUUGCAAGUUUGGCGACAGGGUGUGGAGUGAGCUGUUGCAAGUCAUGGUCAAGGCAGACACCAGGACCAAGCUUUUCUUGUCCUGA